AUGGACCUGACGAAUCUGCUAUCAGGGUCACCCAUGGGUAUCGGUUACCCGAUCACAGACACCCUUCCAAACAUCGUCAUCAUCCUCAAACUUCUAGUUGCCUACGAGUUCAUAUUCGCGACCUGUAUCAGCACCAUCAAACUCACGGUCAUGUUUUUCUACCUUCGAGUCUUUGUCAACCCAGGACUCCGAACCGCGACAAAAUUCGCCAUGGGCUUUGUCAUGGUCUGGACAACGGCCAACAUCCUCCAGGUCUUCUUGAUAUGCCAUCCAUUCGAGGCAACAUAUAAUCCAGCUGUCACGGGCAAGUGUGGAAAUCAGAUAGCAUCGUUCAUCGCCAUCGGUGCUUUCAAUGUCAUUACAGACAUCAUGAUUUUAACAUUGCCGAUAUCGACUGUCUGGGCACUCAAAAUGAGUACGCCUGCCAAACUUGGUAUCAUCGCCGUCUUCUCAACAGGCUUGAUAGUCAGCGUAGUUGCCAUCAUCCGCAUCGUUAGCCUCACCAACCUCGAUCUCCAGAACUUGACUGAAACAAUGAUAUGGGCCGACUUUUGGUCGACCGUGGAGCCGAAUUUCGGUAUAAUAUGUGUUAGCAUGCCGAUGCUGGGAUCACUGUACUCGCGGUGCACAGCUCGGCGGGGUGCUUCAAAGCUAGACGGGCCUUCGGACGCCAGCGGCUACAACAAUUCAAAUAAGUUGAGACGAUCGCACACAAGCGCACCUGGUACUAUCGUUUUGGCUACCAUAUACUCCCCGGAAAACGAUGUACGCUAUCGGUCUGAGGUUGCUUCGUUCGGACGUAACGGAAAGAACGAUGAUAGUGGGGAUGACUUCGAGUCACGCCUGACCCCUGAACAAGAGCUUUUGGGCAGAGAUAAAGUGAUACAGAGAAGGAAGAGCGAGUGCGUUUUCGGCGUGAGGAAACUGGCCCGCAGGCCAAACAUUCAAAGACAAUUCUUCCCUACGAGCCGGUCUUCCGGCACGCCUGAUGAGAUACAACAAGGGUGCACCGUAUCGGUUUUAGACUUCGCAACACUGCCAACACCGGCAUCUAAGUCACCGGAUCCGACAAUCUCGGAGAAAUCAUCCACUCCCGAUCCAAAUGCCCGACGGCCCGCCCCGCACCGGAUUCCGGAACUCUACGUGGAUCGAGUACUCGAUAGAGCUCGUAAAGCUCCGAGAUCAACCAGGCCUUCCGAGGCCUCCAACUAUGUCAAACGCCCGGCCUGCCUUGACGACAAAGCCCUUCUCGCAAAGUAUGUCAAAUUAUAUUUUGAGCAAGUACACCCUCGGUUCCCGUUCCUCGACCGCGACGCAUUCGAGAGGACUGCUUUUAGUCAGGAUCAGCCUCACUCUGCGCCCAAAAGCAAGUCAUGGAUAUGUCUCUAUCAUUCCGUUCUUGCUCUUGGUUGUCAAUACGACGGUGGUGGGUCUUUUGAGCCUGGGGAAGGUGAUGCAUGGAAGUUCUUCUCAAUCGCUCUAGCCAACUUUGCCGAUUUGAUCAUGCUACCAGACACUCUUACAACUUUCCAAGCUGUAGUAGCAAUGAUGAUAUACUCGCUUGGUAUUGCUGGUAUUGUGCUGGAGCACGUCCUCAUGUCAGAAGCAGCCCGGCGAGCACAGAAUCUCGCCGACGCGAAGUUUGUCGGAGCCGCAGCAGACGCAUUCCGGCGGACUUUUUGGGUGUUUUACUCAUUGGAAAAGAUCAAUAGCUUCCAUCAUGGUAGAUCAUCUGCAAUCAUGGACUGCGAUAUAUCCUGCUCCGUUCCAUCCACACCCGAAUCCUUCUUCUCUGGCGGCUUCGAUUGGUUUUUAUGUUUCGUCAGCCACGCGCGUCUGCUAUCCCGGGCAAACACAUCACUCUUCUCUGUUGGCGUAUCCGACAACCCCGGGGAGUACCACCUAGACAUCAUCGAUCAGCUUCUGGACGAGCUCGAAGAUUGGAGAAACUCACUGCCGGAUAACGGCUUCAGGCCAGGCGGCUGGGUCAAACCUCACUCAAUCAUUGAAGACCAAGAGCGUACAGUUGCUCUAGUCACUCAUUUUCUCUACUACACAACCAACUUGGCGUUGCUUGACGUGGUAAAGGGCCACUGCAGCCGAAUGGAAAUGAUCUCGAAUGGUGCGAUACCAGGAUCCAUGGUUGGCGAGUUUGCACAGAUCGCUCGAAGUUAUGUGAACGAGGUCAACGGACGGAGUCCAACCGGCCUGACACCACAUGCGCCAUCUGAAGCAUUCGAGGCACUCACUACACAGCCUCAAUGGUCACUACCCCAGCAACCCAAUUAUGACGUCGCUUCAACGGACAUUCACACGGACUUCUCGACUAUGAACUUGGCCUCUAACUCGACUAUGACGGGACGUAUGGAUAUCGAAGCACCCGCGGCUGUCCCCAGUCCGCUCGUCGGAACUGACGUGAUGAAUCUCUUCGAAGGCUGGCUCCCCGACCUGGAUCCCAUGUUCUUCCACACUAUGAGCGCUCAGAACAACAUGGACCAAUCGACAUCUCAGCAGGACUUCCCGAUUUCCUCGGAUCCGUUGUAUGGACAUCCCUCUUGA